AUGGGCGCAGCAGGUGUGCAGACCUGGGAGCUCAGCACAGGGAUGGUAGAAACCCCUCAUAAUGGGAACAGCAGGUGUACAGACCCAGGAAUUUAGCACAGGGAUGGUGGGAACUCCUCCUAAUGGGCAGAGCAGGUGUACAGACCCAGGAACUCAGCACAGGGAUGGUGGGAACUUCUCAUAAUGGGCGCAGCAGGUGUGCAGACCUGGAACCUCAGCACAGGGAUGGUGGGAACCCCUCAUAAUGGGCACAGCAGGUGUGCAGACCUGGGACCUCAGCACAGGGAUGGUGGGAACCCCUCAUAA